AUGGGCCAAUCCGCCUCCAUUACACGCACGUCCGUGACACGCACGUCCGUGACCGACACGCACAUCCAUGACACGCACGUCCGUGACACGCACGUCCGUGACACGCACGUCCAUGAAAGAGAUGUUAGAGAUAGAGUCGCCCUGAGGCAGGUGGUUCUGAUAAAGCCCAAAGCCCAGAUGGAACCAGUCCAGGCUCAGGACGUCCUGUGGAGCGGGGCCUGCGGACUACAAAGAGCUCUGACUGGGACCGCGGUGAGUCUAAAUGAGAGAGGUCCGGUUUUCACACUCAGCCAAAGAGAUGGAGAGAUAGUGACGAGCCGAGAGGUGAGCGGAUACACCGACCCCGACCGGAACCGGGCUGAGGCCAGCAGCGGUAACAGGUACAUAUGCUCUAUAAAGUCUCUUCAAAGACAUUAG